GCCCUCAGGAGUCAGGAGCCCAAUUUUGUGUGUUCUUCAGCCUCCUUUCCCGCAGGAGAGAGAAAGAGAGCUCUAGAGAGAGAGGCUCCCAAAUCGAUCUUCUUCCCAACCACGAAUCCAUCUUCUUCUCUGCGAGCGGCGGCGAAUCUGAGAGCCCCUCGCCGAGCGGAGGCGAAUCUGAGAGCCCCUCGCCGAGCGGAGGCGGCGAGUCCGUGAUGGUCGCCCGCCGGCGGGCGCGGACAUGCACCAUCGCCCCGCUUCCUCCGCCGUCGCCGCCGAGUCGUCGCUGCCCCUCUCCCCCGCCGACGGCUUCCUCUGCGUGAAGGACGGCGUGGACGGGAUGAUCAAGUACGUCGCCAACGAGCCCUCCGUCGGGCUCUACUUCGUCCAGCAACACUCCCGGGCGUCCAUGCCCAUCCUCCUCGAUGUCAAGGGUAAACUUGUGGAAAAGACUCAUGAGGUAACACUGCACACAGAAGACAUGGAGGAUUCAAUUUGUGCCGUGAGAUCCAUGGCUGAUUUUGGACUUCCACUUGCUGAUGAUAUGAUCAAGGACAUAAAUAGAUCGCUGCAAAUAAUGUCAAAGACCCAACCAAAGAGAGGGUUGAUCCAGAACCCCAGUUGGGGUUUCCAAUCAGGGAAAAGCUCAGGAACAUGGGAGGAGUUGGGUGCUACCAAUGGAAGUAGCAGCCGGAACUACCUCUCUUCAAUGUUCAACACCGCCAAGCAGAAGGCGUCCAGUCUCAGGUGGCCACAGCCUGAUUUUACAACAAAAGAUGACAGUAGUGAGAAUUCAGCAACAUCUGCUGCCCCAGAAUCAUCCCAAGCUGAUGGACAAGGUGCAUCAAUGCCAGAUACAGAAAGGGAUGAGGUCCCCAUUUCAAGUCGACUGUCAGAUGGUACAUCCCCUACGAACAAGGGCUUGCCUGCUACUGAUAUUGCCGAAACGGUGGAGACUUACAAUAAGUUCAAAGAAGAACAAGAACUGAAACUUCAGGAGUGGCUUAGAGAGUCUGAAAAAGCUGAAGAUAAUAGAGACUGAGUCUGUUAUAAGACAACUCCUUCAGUUCUGCGACAUUGUUAGAGCAUAACAAGGCGUCUCCAUUUCCGAAUUCAGUAAACUCCCAGUAAAAACAGAGAACAUGGUACUUUUCAUGAGACAGCUUGAUGAGUACAGAUGCUGGAAUACUGUAAUUUGCGAGAUCCUUUUUGUCAUAUUGAUCGUGAAAUUUAAUGGUCAUCAGUGUACUCUGAAACAGCCUGAAGAACAUAGCAUUUUUGCCUAACACGAUUACACCUGUACUGCUAGUGUCGACUGUCGAGUGAGAUAUGCUUGUGAAACAGCCUGAAUAUACUUGCAUCAAGAAAAGGGGUGUCUAUAUUAGUCGGAUCUCAUUGCAGGCUGAGAUAAUGAACGAAGUUUUUCCA